GGCCGUGCGUACGGAGAUUCCCAAGCGGCCAAUCCAUGUCAAUAACCCGGUCUUCUCGUCCGCGCGCGUGCAACCAUCUCCCGACAUUUGCACGGCUCCAAAGCUCCAAUUGCAUCGGAAAAACACAAAGCCGGCCUUUUGCCUGCAGCAACGACAAGAAUAAUCUAAUCGCAGGCAGCAUGUAUAAAAGGCCAUGCACCGGCACACACCAGAUCAGAUCAUCAGAGCAAGUAAUCAGCCAUGGGAAGCUUCAAGGUCUCCUUGCUCUCCCUUGUCCCCUUCCUCCUCCUGGCCCUUGUCGCGGCGCAGAACAACGGCGAAGAUGACCGGAUCACGUUCAUCGUAUACGUGCAACCCCAGGCGAACAACGCCUUCGGCACGGCCGACGACCUCCGGAAGGCGUGGUACCAGUCGUUCGUCCCCAAGGACGGCCGGCUCCUCCACGCGUACCACCACGUCGCCAGCGGCUUCGCGGCCCGGCUGACGCCGCGGGAGCUCGAAGCCAUGUCCGCCAUGCCAGGGUUCGUCGCCGCGGUGCCGAACCGGGUUUACAAGCUGCUGACCACGCACACGCCGCGGUUCCUGGGGCUGGACACGCCGGUCGGGGGCAUGAAGAACUAUUCGGGCGGGUCUGGCACCGGCGUCAUCAUCGGCGUGCUCGACAGCGGCGUCACUCCGGACCACCCUUCCUUCAGCGGCGACGGCAUGCCGCCACCGCCUGCCAAGUGGAAGGGCAGGUGCGACUUCAACGGCCGUUCCACGUGCAACAACAAGCUCAUCGGUGCUCGGGCUUUCGACACGGUGCCCAAUGCUACCGAAGGGUCGCUGUCACCGAUCGACGAGGACGGGCACGGCACGCACACGUCAAGCACGGCGGCUGGAGCAGUCGUGCCGGGUGCUCAGGUGCUUGGCCAGGGCAAGGGGACCGCGUCCGGGAUAGCGCCCCGUGCACACGUCGCCAUGUACAAGGUGUGCGGCCUGGAGGACUGCACCAGCGCCGACAUACUCGCCGGCAUCGACGCUGCCGUGGCUGAUGGCGUUGACAUCAUCUCCAUGUCACUUGGUGGGCCGUCAUUGCCGUUCCACGAGGACAGUCUCGCCGUCGGCACAUUUGCCGCCGCAGAGAAGGGGAUCUUUGUUAGCAUGUCGGCCGGCAACUCCGGUCCGAACCACACUACGUUGUCGAACGACGCGCCCUGGAUGCUCACCGUUGCCGCGAGCACCAUGGACCGUUUAAUCAGUGCUGUGGUGCACCUUGGCAACGGCCUCUCUUUCGAGGGCGAGUCAGUCUACCAGCCAGAAGUGUCGGCGUCCGUCUUGUACCCGCUUGUCUACGCGGGCGCGAGCUCGGUGGAGGACGCGCAGUUUUGCGGUAACGGGUCGCUUGAUGGCUUGGACGUCAAGGGCAAGAUAGUGCUUUGUGAGCGUGGCAAUGACGUCGGGAGGAUCGACAAAGGUUCCGAAGUGCUAAGGGCAGGAGGUGUCGGCAUGAUUCUGGCAAACCAGCUCAUUGACGGCUUCAGCACCAUCGCCGACGUGCAUGUCCUCCCAGCCUCGCAUGUCAGCCACGCUGCUGGAGAUGCGAUCAAGAACUACAUCAAGUCAACGGCGAGGCCGAUGGCGCAGUUCUCAUUCAAAGGCACUGUCCUCGGCACAUCACCAGCCCCGGCUAUCACAUCGUUCUCCUCUCGUGGGCCCAGCAUGCAGAACCCCGGCAUUCUGAAGCCAGACAUCACGGGCCCCGGUGUAAGCGUCCUCGCAGCGUGGCCAUUCCAGGUAGGCCCACCGUCAGCGCAGAAAUCAUCCGGAGCUCCCACUUUCAACUUCGAGUCCGGGACGUCCAUGUCGGCUCCGCACCUCAGCGGCAUCGCAGCGUUGAUCAAGAGCAAGAACCCAGACUGGUCGCCAGCGGCGAUCAAGUCUGCCAUCAUGACAACCGCCGACGUCACUGACCGCUACGGCAAGGCAAUACUCGACGAGCAGCACGGGGCAGCCGACUUCUUCGCCUUCGGAGCCGGCCAUGUCAACCCAGACAAGGCCAUGGACCCCGGCCUAGUGUACGACAUCGCUCCUGCGGACUACAUCGGCUUCCUCUGCGGCAUGUACACGAACAAGGAGGUCUCCCUGAUCGCGCGCCGCGCCGUGGACUGCAAGGCCAUCAAGGUGAUCCCAGAUCGCCUGCUGAACUACCCGUCGAUCUCCGUCACGUUUACGAAGUCGUGGAGCUCGAGUACUCCAAUUUUUGUGGAACGCACGGUGACCAACGUCGGAGAGGUGCCGGCGAUGUACUACGCCAAGUUAGACUUGCCGGACGACGCUAUAAAAGUCAGCGUCGUGCCGAGCUCACUGCGGUUCACCGAGGCGAACCAGGUGAAGACUUUCACGGUUGCCGUGUGGGCUAGGAAGAGCAGCGCUACGGCGGUGCAGGGCGCGCUCCGGUGGGUUUCGGACAAGCACACUGUGAGGAGUCCCAUCACGGCCACCUUCGUGUAACACUACUAGUGCUCGAUCUGCUUCACAACUUAUUAACUACGUCAAUUUAAUUUGCUUGCUGCCUUUGUUCGACAAGAUUUCAUCUUUUGUAAUGUAAGUUUAUGGAAUAAAAAUGGCUGUUAUCGUGUA